UGAUUUGGGAAUAACCCAAGCUAAGGCCUUCGAUCGCAAAACUUCCUGAUACAGCAGCUGUAACACGCUUUUGCGCUGUUCUUGUGUUUCUUUGUUGCACUGGGUCGGGUGGAUAUUUGUCCUCGAGAACUCUUGCUCUGCUCUUGAACGUGCUGACUAGUCAGAACCACAGUGAUGGCUGACGCCGGAGAGAUGGGAACUAGUGUCGACGCCCCCCAAAGGAAGGGAAAGCGCAAGGGAGGGCGUCCAACUGAUGACGGUGCUGGUGACGGACCCAUAGGAAAGCUUACUUCGAAAUUGGUAGAAGAUCCGUCAUUCAUGGAGGCGCUGACUAGCCAGUUUGGUGACCGGCUUGGCAGUGUAUUGUCUGACAAAGGUGUCUUCUAUCGCAGCCUGCCAAAGCAAUGCAAAUCCCGAGUUCGUGCGCUGAAGAACCUGCAAGUUCAAAACCAGGAAUUGGAGUGCCAGUUUCAUAAGGAGCUGCACCAAUUGGAAUGCAAGUUUGAAGAGGAAUUCCAAAGUCUGUGUGACAGGAGAAAGAAAAUUGUCGUAGGCGAGUAUGAGCCCACGGAGGAAGAGUGUACCUUUGCCCUGGAUAAUGAAGAAGACGAAGAUGAGGAUGACGAUGAGGAGAAGGCAGAGAAUGGUGAGAAGGCAGAAGAAAGCGAUGCUGAUGCCCUGGCAAAGAAUGUGGACAAGGUUUCACUCCACGAGUCAGAUUAUGAUGAGAACACGAAGGGACUUCCCCAUUUCUGGCUGACCGCCCUGCAGAACGUCAACAUGUUACAGGAGCUGAUCCAGGACAGUGAUGUGGCCAUCCUGAAGCACCUCGAGGAUGUCAAGUGCACGCUGCUGUCCGAGCCAGUCGGUUUCCUGCUAGAGUUUUGCUUUGGCGAGAAUGAGUUCUUUAGCAAUCGUGUUCUGACCAAGAAAUACCUGAUGAAAAUUGAGGUUGACCCAGAAGAUCCUUUCUCAUUUGAUGGCGGAGAGAUCUACAAGUGUGAAGGCUGCAACAUUGAGUGGAAGGCUGGGAAGAACGUAACCGUGAAGACUAUUAAAAAGAAGCAGAAGAACAAGAAGCAGGGACAGACGCGCACCGUCACCAAGCAGGUGAAGGCUGAUUCCUUCUUCAACUUCUUCAACCCAGUUCAGCUGCCAGACAACGAAGAUGAAGAGGUUGACGAGGAAGUAGCGUCAGCAGUCGCACAGGACUAUGAGCUCGGUCUGUUCCUGAAGGAAAACUUUGUUCCCAAGGCAGUGCUAUACUUCACUGGUGAGGAGAACGACGAGGAGGAAGACGAUGAGGAUGACGGAGAGUAUGACGGAGAGUAUGAUGAAGAUGAAGACCCUGACUACAAGCCACCAGCGGGUGAGCAGCCACAGGAGUGCAAGCAACAGUGAAGCUCUUCUCUGGAUGAUAGCCACGCAGAUCACCGACUGUAAGUGAGCCGUGUCUAGCACUAUACCCGGCUAAUGCACCACCUCGCCCUUAGACCGUACCGUUUCUAUCCUUGUGAUAUAACUGACUUCGUCGCCAUCGAUCGUGUCCACCAUUGUUUUCUGCCAGCCGGUUGAGCUUGUAAUGGCAUGUUCCUUGAUGUCUACUCUGCUUCUUUGCUCUUCCUCUGGAUCGAUCGGCCUGUCACUGGGUGCUCUCUGCCAGCUCUGCAUGCAGUGGUCCACGUGUUUCCUUCUCUUCGGUGUACCAAAAAGCUCUGUUCUAGACUCUGGAGUAGUUGAGUCUGUACAUACUUGUACUGUGUGGAUCCCUCCUUGUCCUGCUCAAAGGCAUGGAUCUAGCACUGAAUUCAAAUUGAGAUUUGUGUUGGUCGAACUCUUACUUGGCCCGGAGUCCUUCCUGACUUUGUGUUCCCUUUGCUGGUGCUGCGCUGGCGGCUACUUUUCUUGUUCUCACAUAGGAUUAGGAGGUACUGGAAAAAAAGAUCUACACCUGCUCCCUACCCUUUACUGGUGUAACCAAUGAUGCUUGCCUUUUCUUUCUGUACAAUAGUUUUCACUUGCUUUUUUAUACAGGGACGUGCCAAGUUUUUUUAUUAUUGUUUUCAAGGCAAGAUUUUCUAUUCA